CCUCCGUCCGGAAUGUAUCGCAGAUUGCAACUGCUGAGUGCUGUCUCCCGCCGGGCAAUACCAUGUACACACUGCACAGAAGAUUUUGUAGCUAAUAACAUAAACCAAAUCGUGACGGCUUACUCCUACCAUCACCCCAUCGUCCCCUCUCUGAAUUUUUCCUCCCGCUCCGACCAAUCUGUAGUUGACGGCACCGUGUCGUUUCAUCCCAUUUCUGCCGACUCUGAUGACUCUGUUCUGUCUGUGCCCGAUCAUGACUUGUCUGCCGCAGCCAAGGAUGCUGCCACAAUCCAAAAGCUACUGAAGCUUCACACACUUAGCUCCGUUGAGGAGCUUGAACGAAGCCUCGACGGAUGUGGCUUAUCGAUGACCGAGGAUUUAGUUCUUCAGGUGCUCCGACGACAUCGCUCUGAAUGGAAACCUGCUUUGCUCUUCUUCAAUUGGGUUUCUAGGGGAGAACCCAGAGUUGGUCGUUGUAUGCCUGGAACAGGUGCUUACAAUGGUAUGCUCGACAUUCUCGGGAGGAUGAAGCGUUUUGAACAAUUGCAGCAAGUGCUCGAUGAAAUGUCUAAGAGAGACGGUUUAAUCAACGAGAGAACGUAUGCCAUUCUGGUGCACAGAUAUGCAGGGGCUCACAAAGUGCAAGAAGCAAUCGACAUUUUGUACAGGAGGAAGGAGUUUGGGCUUGGAUUUGAUUUGAUUGCAUUCCAGACCCUUCUGAUGUCGCUCUGUAGGUACAAACAUGUUGAAGCUGCAGAGUUCCUCUUUCACUCUAAGCGGAAAGACUUCCCUCUCGAUAUAAAAACCCUCAACAUAAUUCUGAAUGGGUGGUGCGUUUUGGGGAGGUUACGUGAAGCCAAGAGGUUCUGGAAUGAUAUCAUCUCUUCUAGGUGCAAGCCCGAUAAGUUCACGUAUGGGAUUUUUAUAAAUUCCUUGACCAAGGCAGGGAAGAUCUCCACGGCAGUCAAGUUGUUUCACUCCAUGUGGGAGAAGGGUUGUUCUCCUGAUGUGGCCAUCUGCAAUUGCAUCAUAGAUGGUCUGUGCUUCAAGAAGAGGAUCCCGGAAGCUCUUGAAAUCUUUGGGGAGAUGAAUGAGAAGGGUUGCCUUCGAGAUGUUGUCACGUACAAUACACUCAUUAAGCACCUCUGCAAGAUUAGGAGGAUGGAAAAGGUUUACGAGCUACUGGAUGAAAUGGAACAGGAGAAAGGAAACUGCAUUCCAAAUGCUAGGACUUUCAAUUACUUGCUCAAUUCCUUGAAGGAACCAAAGGAAAUUCCUUGCCUUUUGGAAAGGAUGGAGAGAAACGGUUGCAAGAUCACAGGGGAUACCCACAAUUUGAUCUUGAGAUUGUAUGUGGGUUGGAAUCAACAGGAGGCAACAAAAAAUACUUGGCUUGAGAUGGAGAGAGAUGGAGUUGGACCGGAUCAGCGAUCUUACACCAUUAUGAUUCAUGGACUCCACAGCCAGGGAAGGAUGAAAGAGGCUUUGCACUACUUCACCGAGAUGACGUCCAAAAGUAUGAUACCAGAGCCAAGGACCAAGCUAUUGGUGAAGGCCAUUAACAUCAAGCUGCAAGAACAAGAGAGUGGACAGAGGGUGGGAAUGAUAAACGACGACAAUUCAUUAAGUCAUCCAGUUAAGAGCAAUAAGAAGAGAACAAAAUGAUCCCUUCCUUCUGAG